AUGGAUGAAGUUGCACUCAUAAAUUCAGAUAGUGAAAAUGAUCCAUUUGAUCCAGAUAGUCCUCUUCCUACAUUUCGUUCGAGAACAACACGACCUAAAUCAAAAUAUGAGAGUCUCGAUUACGAUGUUUGUGAGAACGAACUUUGGGAGCAGGAACAAAUCAGUCGUAAACCACGAUUCACAGUUCGUAAGGAUUUCGCUCGAUGGAUUGUCUCAUUUUGGGUUGGGAUAUUAACAGCUGGAAUUGGAUGCAUCAUUGCAAUCACAAUCGAUGUGGUUUCGUUUUAUAAAUAUAGUUUCUUACAAAAAGCUGUCAAAGAAAACAUUGCGCAUGGUGAUCUGGUGAUGCCUUACAUCUUUCAUGUUAUUCUGAACAUUCUACCUGUGAUAAUUGGUUCAGUUCUCGUGACUUAUGUCGAACCUGUUGCUGCUGGAUCUGGAAUUCCGCUCGUUAAAUGUUACUUAAAUGGAAUCAAAAUUCCAAAAGUCGUAAGACUCAAAACUUUAGUUGUUAAAGCAAUUGGAGUCAUUACAAGUGUGAUUGGUGGACUUGCUGGUGGAAAGGAAGGUCCAAUGGUUCAUUGUGGAGCUGUCAUUGCUGCAGGAAUUUCUCAAGGAAAAUCUUCAUCUCUUAAUAAAGAUAUUGGAAUAUUCAGAUAUUUCAGAGAUGAUCACGAGAAACGAGACUUUGUUGUUGGAGGCGCCUCAGCUGGUGUUGCUGCUGCUUUCAAUGCACCAAUUGGUGGAUUAUUAUUCUCUCUUGAAGAAGCUGCAAGUUUCUGGAAUCAAUCACUCAUUUGGCGAACACUCUUUGCAUCAGUUGUCAGUUCUUUUACACUCAAUUUAGUGUUGUCUGCAUAUCAUGGACUGGAAAACUUUACUUAUCACGGUUUAUUUAAUUUGGGUGAAUUUGAAGCACUUCCAUUUGAGUAUUAUGAACUUCCCAUAUACAUUCUCAUGGGAAUUUUCGGUGGACUAUCAGGAGCACUUUGGAUUUCACUGAAUUACAAACUCAACAUGUUUCGUGAGAGUUUUAUAAAGAAAAAAUGGUUGAAAGUUGUUGAAGCAAUUCUCGUGACUGCGAUCAGUGCAACGUUUGCAAGUUUUAUGAUGUAUUUAAUUAGUGAUUGUCGUCCAUUAGGAAAUGAUCCAACAACCACCCCCGUUCAAUUGUUUUGCGAAGAUAAUGAGUACAAUGCAGCUGCAGCACUUUGGUUUCAAACACCUGAAGCGUCUGUUAAAUCUUUGUUUCAUGAUCCACCUGGAAGUCAUCGCGUAGCGACACUCUUGAUGUUUGUUCCAAUUUAUUUCUUUCUUUCAAACAUAACUUACGGUUUGAAUGUGUCGCUUGGAAUUUUCAUUCCAUGUUUACUUGUUGGUGCUGCUUGGGGACGAUUAGUUGCUUCGUUUCUUGCACUCGCCUUCCCUGGAAUUAAAUUCAUUAAUCCUGGAAAAUAUGCUUUAGUCGGUGCAGCAGCACAACUCGGUGGAACCGUUCGGAUGACAAUAAGCUUGGCUGUGAUUCUCAUUGAAACGACUGGAAAUAUUUGGUUCGCUUUGCCAAUCAUUGUGACGCUUACGUCAUCGAAAUGGAUGGGCGAUUACUUCAAUGAUGGAAUUUAUGAUACUCAAAUUAAAUAUAGCAAAGUUCCGAUACUUCAUUGGCACGCACCAAGCAAAUGUCUCAACAUGAAAGUCAAGAAGAUUAUGAGCGAGAAAGUUGUCUGUGUGAAAAUGCGUGAAAGUGUCGAGUACAUCGUGAAGAUUCUCCAACAAACUCAUUUUAAUGGAUUUCCUGUCGUUGAUGAAGUUGAUGAAGUGAAUCGGCAGAAUGGAAGACUUCGAGGAAUUAUUUUACGAUCGCAACUCAUUGUCAUUCUCAAACGUUCAUUCUUUGAAGAAACGAGAAGUUACUGGGAACAAAACGUGUCAAUCGAAGCUUUUCGUAAUGAAUAUCCGCGUUAUCCAUCAAUUCGAGACAUUGCAAUUUGCAGAGACAAAGGAUUGAAGAAUUUGACAAUAAAUUUUGAAUUGUUUAUGAAUAAAUCUCCUUACGACGUUAAUGAGUUGACUUCAGUUCCACGAGCUUUUAUGCUGUUUCGUGCUCUUGGAUUGCGUCAUCUUGUGAUUGUUGACGCUGACAAUCAUGUGACAGGAAUCAUAACAAGAAAGGAUUUCUUGAAAUAA